GAUCCCUCGAGGGUCACAGCGACUGGGUUACGCAGAUAGCGACAAAUGCUCGGUACCCGGAUAUCCUUCUCUCUUCUUCCAGAGGUACUUAUUUUUAAUGACAUGCAAUGCCAUAGACAAAUCGUUGAUUGUUUGGGAGCUUCAGUACCAACAGGGCAACUAUGGCGUUGCUAAACGUGCUCUUCGUGGACAUAACCACUUUGUCAGCGAUGUAGUGAUGUCCGCAGACGGCCAGUUUGCGAUUUCUGGAUCCUGGGACAAGACACUGCGCUUGUGGAAUUUAACUACUGGCCAGACGGCGAGACACUUCACCGGCCACACAGGCGACGUUCUCAGCGUUGCCUUCAGUGCAGAUAGCCGUCAAAUUGUUUCAGGUUCUCGCGAUCGUACUGCAAAGCUUUGGAACACACUUGGUCUCUGCAAAUACACCUUCGACACCGAAGGCCACACUGACUGGGUUUCCUGCGUUCGUUUCUCCCCUAGUGUUGACACACCCCUGAUCGUCAGUUGUGGCUGGGACAAGGUUGUGAAGGUUUGGAAUCAACGCAAUUGCAAACUGAGGACUGACCAUGUCGGACACACCGGCUACCUGAACACAAUUUGGAAUCUCGAAGACAAGAUUCAGGUUGCUAAACUGCAGGUCGAGACCUUCACCAAUAGUGAUGGCAUCAAGAAGACGAAGGCUCCCGAGUGCACCUGUCUAGCCUGGUCUGCUGAUGGCCAAACCCUCUUCGCUGGUUACACGGACAACCGCAUCCAUGUUUGGCAGUAUGCCCAGACUGCCAACUGA